UCCUAGAGUAUUGAUUUGAUCUCCUGCCUCGCAGUGACAUGGGAUCGGAAGUCGGAACUCCAUCACUCUAGCGAACAGCAAACGAGAGAGAGAGGCACGGAAAGAAAGGGGGAAUUUUUUUCUGUUCCAGUUUUCAAUUUUCACUUCAUUCCAAAUUCCAGACGCUUUAGACAUUCCCUGCUUAGAUGGUCUCGUAGGUUCAUAACUUGAAUGCUACGCUUACUGUGAGUUUCUACUUUCCAGUAUACAGGGUUAGACAAGGGUUCCUUUCCCAAAAAGAGAACUAAAUUGUGUUAGAUUCAAGGCGUCAGCUUCUUUCAAGCCCCGGAGGAGGAGCCAUGGAUAUCCAGAAAAAGAGGGUACAAUUCCUUCUAUUCAUGAUUGGUCUUCUUUCUCUCAUCAUCGUUGCUGAAAAAUGCCGAGAGCUGGUUGGAGAGGAGGCAUCAUCCAAGAGUGGAAAGUUUACUCUGUUAAACUGUUUCGAUAUGGGCUCUGGUUCGCUUGCAUGUGCAGUUAAGGAAGGUGUAAAACUCUAUUCCAACAACAUUAGAUCUGCUCACAUUGAGAAAGUGAGGCAUCGAGCAAUUGAAGCUUCCCUAACUGAAGCAUUGUCACGGGGGCUGAGUGCCAGUGAUGCAGCCAAGCAAGCACAGAAAGAGGCAGCAAAGGCAGCAAAGAUGGCAACUCGACAAGCCAAACGCAUCCUAGGCCCCAUUAUUUCGUCAGGGUGGGACUUCUUUGAAGCCAUUUACUAUGAGGGUACCAUAACAGAGGGCUUCCUCAGGGGCUCUGGGACCUUGUUCGGAACCUAUGCAGGAGGGUUUCUUGGAGAAGAAAGGCUUGGGAAGUUGGGUUAUCUCGCAGGAAGUCAUUUGGGCAGUUGGGUUGGAGGAAGGAUAGGACUGAUGGUGUAUGAUGUGGUUAAUGGAGUACACUCCCUGCUUCAUUUUGUUCAAACAGAAGAAAGUGCAGUGUAUCAAAAUGAGAACUCCGAACAAACGGAAGAAAGUGCAGCGUAUGAAUAUGAGAACUCUGAAGCUUCUCAAGAGUCCUACGUUUAUGAAACUCCUAAUUAUGAGGAGCUCUAAAGCCUUGAUGGCUGUUAGGAGGUUCUAUAUGAUGUGCUUUUACAAUUCUAUUUGUUUCUUUUCUCCCCCGUCGCCCCACCUCCUGUAACUAAAAUUUUCACCAUAUUGAAUGUAGUAAAGUUAAACUGUAUUCUGUUAACCCGUGCUUGGAUAACCAUUUCUUUAGUUUAA